CAACUGCAAGCGCCGGCCCCGGCCCGGGUCUGUGGAACCUGAGCGCGAUCCGCGGACGCGGCGCUCCACCCGGCUGGGUGCUCGGCUCUCGGCUCGCGCCGGGGUCCGCGCUGGGCCUCCGCGCACCCUGACUUCCCGGCCCCGCGCUGGGCUCACGAGCGUUGCACCCCUCCCGGCCACCAGAGACAGCUUCACCAUGGACGGGGCACUGAUGGAGAGGUAUGUGGCAGCCAUGGUGCUGAGUGCAGCUGGAGAUGCCUUGGGGUACUUCAACGGAAAGUGGGAGUUCCUCCAGAAUGGGGAGAAAAUUCACAGGCAACUGGCCCAGCUUGGCGGCUUGGAUGCCAUAGAUGUGGAGAGGUGGAGCGUCAGCGAUGACACCGUGAUGCACCUGGCUACAGCAGAAGCACUCCUGGAAGCCGGCAAAGUCUCAGACUUGACUGACUUGUAUUCCCUCCUUGCUAAGCAUUACCAGGACUGCAUGGGAGACAUGGAUGGCCGGGCACCAGGGGGCGCCUCAUUGCAGAACGCCAUGCUGCUGGAGCCAGACAAAGCCGAGGGCUGGAGGAUUCCCUUUAACAUUCACGAGGGUGGCUGCGGGGCUGCCAUGAGGGCCAUGUGCAUUGGUCUCCGGUUCCCUCACAGCAGUCAGCUGGACACACUGAUCCAGGUGAGCAUCGAGAGCGGCCGGAUGACCCACCACCAUCCCACAGGCUACCUGGGAGCCCUUGUGUCUGCUCUUUUUACAGCCUAUGCUGUGAACGGCAAGCCUCCCCAGCAGUGGGGAAGAGGACUGAUAGAGAUACUUCCGGAAGCUAAAAAGUACAUUGUCCAAUCAGGCUACUUUGUGGAGCAGAAUCUUCAACACUGGUCUUACUUCCAAGACCAAUGGGAAAAGUACCUAAAACUCAGAGGAAUUUGGGAUGGCAAAUCAGCCCCUACCUUCCCCAAGCCCUUUGAUGUGAAGGAAAGGGAUCAGUUCUACACUUCUGUGAGCUACUCUGGCUGGGGCGGCAGCAGUGGACACGAUGCCCCCAUGAUUGCCUACGAUGCCAUCCUGGCUGCAGGAGACUCCUGGAAGGAACUUGCCCACCGAGCAUUUUUCCACGGUGGAGACAGUGAUUCUACCGCUGCCAUUGCUGGCUGUUGGUGGGGAGUGAUGUAUGGUUUUAAAGGAGUGAGUCCCUCCAACUACGAGAAGCUAGAAUACAGAAACCGGUUGGAAGAGACAGCUAGGGCUUUGUAUUCUCUUAGAUGCCCUCUACUUCAUGACUGUCAGGAGUGACCUGUGCUGGCCUGAGAGAGAUGGAGGCUUUGAGGCUUUAACCAGGCCUAUGUGCUGACUUCAGUGAGACAGAAUCUCAACUAUGUAUCUGGAGCAGGACUGCAGCAAAGGCGUCAGAUUGAUCAUUCUUUUGUAUGUAAAGGGAUAAGAAAAUGCCAAAGCUCUUUCUGGUUCCAAAAGCUCUUGUAUGUAUUUAUAUAUUUCAGAAAACAUGUGUGUUUUAAAUAACCAAACUAGUACAUAGAUUCUUCAGCAGGACAGUCAGAAAUUGCAGACUUUUAGGGGUGGGGAUUUACCAUUCACAGAACAUGGUAAUAACCUCUUAAAUGCAGGUGCAAAGAAGACUCCUCUGUAGAAAUAUUUUGAAGACAGUUUUAGAAUAAUAGAAAACAGUUAGUAAAUAUGUAUUUACACAGGAUUCUUGAACAGAAGAUUAAGAUGGAGACUUUUAUGACUGUUUUUCAAUUUCCCACUUGAUAAAAAGUGACAGUAUAGUACAGAAUAGUGUGUACUUUUCUGCAGCUGUAGGAAGAAAGGAAACAUUUUUUCGUGUCUUUCUGGGGUUUCUUUUACCAGUAGUCAGGAGAGCUUGCAGCAUUUAUUUAUUUAUUCGGCUGCACCAGGUCUUGCAGCCUGUGGUAUCUUUAGUUGUGGCAUGCAAACUCUUAGUUGUGGCAUAUGGGAGCUGUUCCCUGACCAGGGAUCAAACCUAGGCCCCCUGCAUUGGGAGCAGAGUCUUAGCCACUGGACCACCAGGGAAGUCCCCUGCCUGCAGUUUUAAGGUGGAGCACUAGAGUUCAGUUAGCACUGACCAAGUGGCAAAACUGAGAUGCUUAAGCCUUGUGAUAUAGAAAAGGGAAGAAGAGCAUUUUAGCCAGUGGAUUCUGAGGCAUGAUCUGUUUUACCUCUAUAACUUGUUUGAUGAAUGGUCUGAAUUUAGUGGAAGCAAACAUGGAAUGAUUUUCUUUUUCUCCAGUCACUGCCUUCGUAUAAGCUGCUUUUCCUGCUCCUUAGUGUCAUCUUUUUAGUUUUGUGUGAAGAGGGGGGUAGUGAAGGGUAUUAAAAAUCCAAUCCAGUCCCCAUCCCAGUCCAGAUUUUUUUUUAAUUUAAGCUUUACCAAGAUAUGAAUGAAUGUAAAAUUGUAAGAUAUUUAAAGUGUACAUUGUGGUGAUUUAAUAUACAUAUACGUGGUGAAAGGUUUCCCUUCAUCUCGUUAAUGAGCAUAUCCAUCACAUUACAUGUUUACCUUUUUUUGCUGAGAACAUUUAAGUUCUACUCACCUAGUAAAUUUCAAUUUAACAGUAUAGUGUUAUCAACCAUGGUCACCAUGUUUUACAUCAGAUCUUCAGACCUGAUUCAUCUCAUAGCUGAAAGUUUAUACCCUUUGACAAACCUCCCCUUAUUUCCCUCACCACCACUGCCCCCUAACCAGCCCCUGGCAACCACUUUUAUACUCUCUGUUUCUAUUAAUAUGGAUUUGACUUUUUUUUUAAGAUUCCAUAUAUAUGUGAUAUCAUGUAAUAUUUAUCAUCCUCUCUCUGAUUUAUUUUAGUUAGCAUAAUGCCCUAAGGUCCAUUGAUACUGUUGCAAACAUCAGGAUUUCCUUCUUUCUCAUAGCCGAAUAGUAUUCUAUUGUAUAUAUGUACUAUGUCUUCUUUAUCCAUUCAUCAAUUGACAGAUACUUGUUUCCAUAUCUUGACUAUUAUGAAUAAAGCUGCAGUGAACAUGGGGCACAGA